AUGUUGUUCCCGGAAGACGACGCGCCGCUUCUCAAGGCGUGGAUAGUGAAGCGCAUCGAAGACACGUCGGAUGCCGACUCGGACGUUCUGGCAGAUUAUGUCAUUGCCUUGCUGAAGCACGACGGCGACAGGGAGAGCGUGAGAAGGCUGUGCGAGCAGGAAAUCCCGGACUUCCUGACCGAAGAUCCGAAGCAGUUUCUGGAUGACGUCUUCCAGGCCAUAACCUAUAAAUCAUACAUUCCCGGCGCGCCGCCGCCGCCACCGUUACCACAAGCUGCAGCACCAAAACCACAACCACAACCAGCACGACCAGCACGACCACCGCAACCACCACAACCACCACCGACAAGACCCCCUACGCAAACUCCGAGGGGCUCCAUCCUCCCGCCUGCGCCAGCCACGCAGACAGCAGCAAGCCCUGAAUCUUUGAGGAAACGACGCUACCAUGACCAAAGCGGCCCUGCCUCUGACGUUGCUGCAGACGGGACCAGGGGAGCGGGAGCUCCUGCUGCUGGGCGCGCAGUCAAGCAGGCACGUCGCGGACGACGCGGCCGAGCCGACGAUGGACACAAUCCCUACGGCUUUCAAUAUCCCAUGAGCAUGAUGAUGGCGCCCUUUGAUACCGACAACCCCAUGGAAUUCAUGAUGCGAAUGCAAGCCAUGGGGCUGUCUUUUCCGCCGCUUCCCCCACUGCACGAUUGGGCAUUCAGCGAACGGGCAGAUGGCAUGGGCGGUCUGCCAAAGAAGAAGGGGAGAUGUCGAGAUUUCGAUACCAAGGGGUAUUGCUCGAGGGGAAGCACGUGCGUCUUUGACCAUGGUCAUGGUGGAGAUGAUGCCAUGUUAUCCAAAGACGAAUACGACCCUGCCAAGGCCAUGAUGAACGUGCUUCAGACGCCAGACGCAGCAGCGCCUGGUUGGCCUGCCAGGGGCAAGCAGAGAGGAGGACGCAAGGGAGGCGCGCGGGCUCCCUUUUCGGCGGAAGGGCCCGUCACCGAUCACUCGAAAACCACCAUUGUCGUCGAGAACAUUCCCGAGGAGCACUUUAGCGAGGACCAGGUCCGGGGUUUCUUCUCCCAGUUUGGCAACAUCUGCCAAGUAUCGAUGCAGCCAUACAAGCACCUGGCCAUUGUCAAGUUCGAAACCUGGGCUUCGGCCAACAAUGCCUACCGCUCACCCAGCGUCAUAUUCGACAACCGCUUCGUCAAGGUGUUCUGGUACAAGGACGACAAGGAGAAACUGCCACCGUCGGGGCCGGUGCCGGUGACGCCCGCCAACGGGACCAAGCUCGCCCCUGGUUCCGGCAACGAGGCGGCGGAUGCCGAGCCCGGCAUCGACAUGGAAGAGUUUCAGCGAAGGCAGGAAGAAGCCCAAAAGGCGUACAAGGAGCGGGAGGACAAGCGAAGCGCGCUCGAAAAGCAGCGGCAAGAGCUGGAGAGGAAACAGCAGGAGCUGUUGUCGAAGCACCAGGCCGAGGCGGAACGACUACAGGCCAAGCUGGCCGGGAAGCUCGGCGGCGGCAAGGAAGCUUCGCCCAGCGCGUCGGGAGCCGACAUGCUGCGCGCCAAGCUGGCCGCCCUGGAGCAAGAGGCAAAGAUGCUGGGCCUCGACCCCAACGCCGCCGCCGACGAUUCGAGCCGCCAUGCCGGCCAGGCGGCGGCGUAUCAUCGGGGGCGUGGCGGGCACCGGGGCAGAGCAUCGGCGUAUCGGGGGAGAGGCUCGUUCAGCGCACAGGCGGGCAGACACGCCGCCUACUCGCAGUUUUCGCUGGACAAUCGGCCGAAGAAGCUGGCCGUCACGGGGGUUGACUUUACCGCGUCGGACAAGGACGAGCGGCUGCGCCACUUUUUGCUGAACCUCGGGGAAUUCGAAUCCGUCCACACCACCCCGACCGUGACGCACGUCUCCUUCCGGGACCGCAAAACCGCCGAGAAGUUCUACUCCAGCCUCCACGGCAACGAGCUGCCCGGCGUGGAGGGCAGGCUCGAGCUAUCGUGGCUGUCGGGCGUCGGGGCCGGCGCCAGCGCCAGCGUCAGCGUCAGCGUCAGCGGCACGGGCGACGCCACGGCCGGGAUCGACGACGACGGGCCCGAGGAGCCGCGCGAGGAGCAGGUGCGGGAGGAGGAAAGGCCCGUGAACAUGGAUUACGAGGUUGGCGACGACUACGGCUGGGAAGGGUAG